ACACGACACUUUUCCGCGCUGUUGAUCGUCGUCCGCUUGUUUAGACCGUCGAGCAGAUACUGUGCGUCGGUUACGUUGCGUUUAAUUUUAACGGGACUUCCCAUUGUUGAGGUUUUUGAGCAUACGACACGCGACAUAUAUACAUCAGCGGGACAAAUGUUCAUAGAUAGAGAAAUACGUCGAGUAUGUCGAGUAUGUACAGGCAGAUACAUUAAUCGCAUUUCCCAUGCUUACACUCGGCGAUCGGUCUAUUUAUUGUAACAUCUGAGCAGCAUUUUCGCGCUUUAUACGGUUAAUAUUUCGAGUCAGUUGCUCGAUUUGAUGAAAGAAGAGAAAAAACAAUGAAAAAUAUCGGUGACUCGCACGCGCGUUUCGAGAUUGCCUCGUGAGUAUUUGCGCAGCGUGACUAUUAUCGCACGCGACUGUACAUUACUAUUGUCUUCAUAGCGAUAAAAAGAUAAAAUAUGACAAUAUUAGCUCCUAAUUUACAGUGCGCGCGUGCAUACAAGGACACGCGAUUAUAAAACCUCCGGAGUAUAGUCGAUUGAGAAAAUUCUAUAAAUUAAAAUUAACUUUUAUACCGCUCGCGGAGCGAUCGCAGAUAGUGGCACCAUCUGACGCACGGUUGAAUAAAUAAUUUCAAUGACAUCGAAUGGCGGAACAUCAUGCUGAGUAUGAGCGACUUUGUGCUUGUGAAUCGUCGAAGAAAACGCUGCAACGGAAGGAGAAAUUUCAGCAGAGGAGCGGAGACCCUUACUCAGGCUUGGGAGGGUUGCGAAGUCGAUCACGACUCUUCUUAUUAUUAUUACCUCCUUCGCACGUUAGACGGCACGUUAGUCAAGAUCAGAGACACGUCGUUCGCCAAGCUCGUUCUUAGUCGGCUGACGGAAUCAUUGACUAUUCUAAACUCUAAUGGUAUUUCCGAGAUAGUCUGCUACGGGUUAGGACGAUUUUCUCAACACAGGUCGUCGAGAUAUCAAUUGGCGCUUCUGCUGUACCUGAAGGAGCGAUAUGAUGCUCGCGUGUAUAUAUACGACCCGAUCUUUAAUCCCCAGGAGGUGCUAGUGCUGCGUGCUUUGGGUUUAGAGAUUAUAGAAACAAACGAAGAAGGCAAACGCAUCGUCCGAGAUGAAACUACGACUCUUGUAUACAUGCCACAUUGCUCCAGGCAACUGAUGAAUAAUUUCCUCUAUGCUAACUGGGGAGAUGGCUUGAGCAACUGCAUUCUAUUUGCCAAUAGUUUCUCGAGGAUAAUCAACAGUUGCUCGCGUAGAAUCAUAUUGGACACAGCGGGUUACAUGCUGCGCAUUCGGCCUUAUGUUACAGAGCUUCAAUUGGAAAAUUCCUUCGUACACGAGGAAGUUUUCAACGACCUUAACAUUCAUAUCUUUACUAAGCAAGACUUGCUUAAGAUACCGCCAGAUUUCUGGGACUCUAGAGAGGAACCUCGAUAUUUGACAGAUGAAGUAGAAUUUAUUAGAACGGCGACACUGUGAUAAAAUAUACAACAAUGAAUAAUAAUAUUCAAAUUGUACGUUCUCUUGUGCAACAACUCCGUCGAGUCUCGCAAAAUAAGAGUACGAAGGAUAAUGCCAUGUUACAAUACAUUAUGGAACAGGCACAUGCUCACAAAGAAACAUCUGAAGUGUUGUGCAAAGCAAGAGAGGAAUUGAAGAAUUUAGCGGAA